AUGAUUACACCACAGUUUGAGGUGGAUCAGGAUCAAGACUUUAUUUAUGUGAAAAUUCGUGCACCCUAUAUCAAAGCUAGCAAUGUGGAAUUCGAGGUAGUGGACGAGCGAUUCGUAUUCUCCUUGCAACCGUAUUACCUCCGACUGACGUUUCCUGGCAAGUUGAUCGAGGACGAAAGGCUAGAGUCCUCUUAUGAUUUGUCUACAUCCACUAUAAAAUGCCGGGUCGCCAAAGCGGUUCCAGGUCAAGAGUUUGAAGACCUCGACAUGCUCACAAAACUGUUAGCAAAAAAAGCACAAGUUAGCAAGCCUGUAAUUGAGGAAGUGGGCGAUAGUGCACAGUCGGCACAGCCACCGCAGGUUGACGAGAUCGACUGGGAAGUAGAACAGGUUCUUCCUGAACCGAGUAUUUCCGAGCAAAAAUACGGAUUCAAUGACCAGUACAGCCAAAUAAUGGGAGUGGUGAUUGAAGAUGGACAGAACGAUAUCAAUGAGAUCCCUGAGCCCGAGAAAACUAGUAUCCAGCAGCGACUACUGAUCAAUAGUACCGCUGAUGAGCUCUUUGAUAUCGAUCAUUACCUUGCUGAUCUGUACGAUAGUCCGAUGAUUCAAGACUUUUUGGCUUGGGAUCCUCCUUUGCUUGAAUUGACCAACGCCGACAAAGACCGCAUGUUGAAGCUGCCAAAAAGAUCGUAUAUGAUCAGCAACCCCAAGCAUGUAUAUCUGGGUGUGGUCCAACUGCUUUUUGGCUUUUGUUACGAUGAUAGAACCAACUGCAGGGAUCCGACUGUUGAAUCUCCAUGGACUAUAGGCAAGCUUACUCCUCUGUUAAGCUGUCUCUAUGGGUACUAUGAUCGCAUGUUACCACUAGUCCGAGACUGCACCAAAAGGGCCCUGAUAUUUCCUCUCUACCGCCAUUGGGAUCUCACACUUGCGGUUUGGAAAGAUGUGGUGUCAAUUUUGAAACAGGGCCGUAAGGCUAUUCUUGCUUGCUUUGUGAAGCUUCUGUCAAUUUUUGAAUCCGACAUCAACGCAUGCUACCGUCAAAUAUUCCUUGAAGAUUAUGCUGCCUGGAUCCAAUACUCUUCCGAAAAGGUUAUAAGCAGUGUGACUACCGAGCUGGAAUCGGCUCUGUCACGUCUCGCCAAACACGACAUGGGAUUCGACCUCGAGGAAUACGAAGAGGCUGCUCAGGAGGCAAUGCAAAUGGAUAAUAACGAGUUAUCAGUUACAGCUCCGGACUCGGAUGACGAAGAUUGA